UGAAGGAUCCUUCUGGUAGGAUCAAGAAAGUGCCAGCAUCAAACUUGAAGAAAGUGUCCAUGGCUUGGAAAAAAUCCCAGGCAUAAUAGUGAAACACUCUUUCAAGAUAUGCUGCAUCACCGGUGCUUUUGGACUGGUCCUCAUCAGACUGAAUUUUCCACCAUAACUUAAGACAAGGUAGUACACCACGCCUCAUAUUUGUGCUGGAGACACAAGGUGGCAUGAUGUGUGGGUGCAGAACCACUCCCAGGAAAAACUCCAUCAGCCUAUGAAAGCCACGGUGAUGGGACUGAGCUGAUGUGAUUUCUUCCAGCUUUCCCUCUAGAGAAUAACAGGUUGCCCAUGAGAUGGAAGCUCUUCGUGCAUUAUAUUCCUUAUGGACUUAAGAGGUGCAUUUAAGAAGGGGCUAUUACAGGUGUGCUCAUUGUGACACUUCACCAAAAGCUGGCAGGAGAGACGGUAUCCAUAUAAAACCCAGCAGCUCGGACAGUCGCACGGGACAAAGGGAGUCAUGCAUCAAAGAACGUGAAACCGUCCAAAAGAAAUAUUGCGUCCCUGCCUCGUGAAGGGUGCCUGGAGAGGUAGCCGGGAACGCCAGCCAACCGCCGCGACACGCGUGGCAAAAACGGCAAUUCAGAUGAAAGGAGGACCAUUGAUGAAUCUGCUUGCAGCCCAGUAAAACAUGGAGAGGAAAAACCCGUCCAGAGAGAGCCCCAGAAGACUCUCGGCCAAACUGGGCAAAGGCACGGAGAUGAAGAAGGCGGCUCGUCAAUUCGGCAUGGCAGCUGCUGAGUCAGAUAAGGACUCUGGAUUUUCAGAUGGGAGCUCAGAGUGUCUGAGCUCGGCCGAGCAGAUGGAGUCCGAGGACAUGCUGAGUGCCUUAGGCUGGAGCCGAGAAGAUAGGCCAAGGCAGAACUCCAAGACUGCGGGCAGUGCCUUCCCCACGCUGUCACCGAUGGUUGUCAUGAAGAAUGUGCUGGUCAAACAGGGCAGCAGCUCAUCCCAGCUCCAGUCGUGGACCGUCCAGCCCUCCUUCGAGGUGAUCUCGGCGCAGCCGCAGCUGCUGUUCCUUCACCCACCCGCGCCGCCUCCCGCGAGCCCGUGUCACGCCGGUGAGAAGAAGUCGGACUCCAGGAACUACCUGCCCAUUCUAAAUUCUUACACCAAAAUCGCCCCCCACCCAGGCAAAAGGGGCCUCUCCGUCAGCACAGAAGCAAGAGGAGACAGCGGGAUGCAGAAGAAAGUCUGUGCCGAGAGACUGGGGCCGAGCCUGUCUUCCAGGGAGCCCGCCAAGCCCGGCGCCGCGCCCCCCAGCCCGCCGGCGCCCGCACCGCCCGGCGCCCAGCGGGCCGAGGACUCCGCUCCGCAGGGCGUGCCCUCCCUGGCGGCGGGCGGAAGUCCACAGACUCUUCAGCCGGUGUCCAGCAGCCACGUGGCUAAAGCCCCCAGCCUGACCUUCGCUUCCCCCGCCAGUCCCGUCUGCGCGUCGGACAGCACGCCGCCCGGCGGCGAGAGCAGCUCCCCGCUCUCGCCCCUGUGGGCGGCCGGGCGCCUCUGCCGCAGCCCCGAGCUCUUCGAAGAGCGGCGGCAGAGCAAGCACAGGCGCUUUCACAAUACCCUGCUCGUCCUGCACAGGUCCGGUCUGCUGGAGAUCACGCUGAAAACCAAGGAGUUGAUUCGUCAGAACCAGGCGACUCAGCUGGAGCUAGACCAGCUGAAGGAGCAGACCCGGCUGUUCAUCGAGGCCACCAAGAGCAGGGCUCCUCAGGCCUGGGCCAGGCUGCAGGCCUCUUUAACCUCGGGGUCUAGGCAUAGCGGCAGUGACCUGGAAGCAUUCUCCGACCACCCAGACAUGUAACCCAGGAGGCUUUUGCUGUCACUUGAGCGGUUCUUUUUAACACUUUGGCUGUUUCUACUCCUGUUUCCCAAAGCUUAUGUAAGAGCUUUUCCUUCUACACUUAAACUGUUGGGCAGUUCACUUAGGAAGCCACAUGCCCAUACCCGGCCGCUGUCUUAACCUGUGGUCUGUGCACAGUUUACAUACGUCCCUGUCCCUCUGAGGACCUCAGAUUCGGAGCGCCCUCGGGGCCCCUUUCCUCAGCCUGCAGGCACUUAGAUGGGUCGCGGGGCCAAGCAGGAGAGAUGGUUGUGUGGGGCUCUUGUGGCUGUCACCUCCCACCGUCCCACGCACUCACUGCGAUCAAGGGUACAGUGACGGGGAGGAGCACACAGAGUGACACCUGUCAAACCAGGGAGUAGGUGACAGAAGGAUCCCUUUGUGGAGCUUCCCUUGAAUGUCUUAGUCACAGAGAGAAAGAGGAGGCGUCUUGCGUUCCACAAGGCAUCGUGCCAUCUGGGCAAACGCUAAAAUGCCUCGGGCACAGGUUGGGCCGAGGGUGCAAGCGCUUAAGCAUGUGACGCUCUGUCUUCCUAAACUGGAAAGUCGAGGCGGGAGGGUCGCACCAUUGAACUCUUUCACUCUAAUCACAAGCCAGAUUGCUCCUCACUUAAACUGGUAGGCAAAAUACUUCAGAUUUGUAAAGUAUGGAAUGGAUUCAGUACCAUCUGGAAUUAUAAUUGCUGAAUUGCUUUUUUGACUUAGACUCUGAAGAAAGUAGACAUGGCCAGCAUCUCUUGGUUGGGAGUUUGGAGGAGUCUGGAAAUGUAUGCUUCCCACCCCCCCCCCCCCCCGCCCCUUCUUUUGAAACAAUGCAACCUGUUUUAUGUGUGAACAUCUCAAAAGAGAGCUUUGUGGCUUCUGAGAAUGUACGUAAAUUAACUCUCUGCUGCCACCUUUUUAUCCCCUUUUGUUUUUGUAAAAGAGGAAAGGAGUGAUCACUAAGCUUGACCCACUUUGAAUUAAAACCAUCCUGAGGUCAUGACAUUGAAGUGCCCAAAACGUUGGAAACCAUUCUUCGUACCGAUUUUCUUUGCCUCUCCAAAGUUUUCAUUUGUUGCAUGUCACAGUGCCGUGGAGCACUUGCGGGGCAGAGUCUUCUGUGUUUCCUUUGUGCGUUGGAUGUCGGCAGCAAAGCCAGAGGUGUAGGGUUGGUUGUUUGAAGCUCAUCUAGAAAUGGAGGGUGUGAUACAAUGUCCAGAUGAUACCGAUUCUUUGAGCUUCAUGGUAAAGGUAAAUGGAAUUUCUAAGUAGUAUCAUUUCCGACUUUUUAUCUCAUUUAAAAAUUUCAUCCUCUUGAAAAUCUCUGUGCAAAUUACCUUAAUAAGAAAUCCUGUAUGACCAGCUUCACCUUUUCUACAAAGAAAGAUGUUCUGGAAGUUUCACCAGGGCCAGAAGCUAAUGCUCACAUUUACCUGGUAGUUAUAACUGUCACAUAGUUUUUAAAUUUCAAGGCUUCAGAUUGCCCUCACUUUGCUAUUAAACAUGUAUGAUUUAGAUAUGACCAAUUUAAAAAGAGCUUGGUAAAAUCUCUGCACUCUCCUGAUCAGUGCAGAAUUAUUACCUGCAAUUUGCUUUCUGAAGGAGUUUCAAAAUCCCAACAAAUGUGUCUUUAAGCAGACUCUCAGCUCCUUUGAAUAUUCUCCUCUUGGCCCACUCCAUUUGCCUCCCCUCAAUCCGUGUGGUACUACGACAGUUCUGCUCUGCGCACCAUGCUAGGAAGCUUCCUUUUUGGCAGAACGUAUUUGGCAGCAAAGCUACUGAGACAGGUGCACUCAGAACAGCCUGGGCGCCAGUCAUGAGUCUUACUGAGUGUCAAAAAUCUGAACAUACUUGCUGAGAACCAAAUUUAUUCCAUCGGAAAAACCCUCUGUGGAGCUAUCACCCUCUUGGACUCUUCUUCCUAGAUUAAGAUUGGCAUUUCCCUUCCUGUUAUGGUAAAAGAUGAUGAAAGCCACCAUUGAUCUGCACUGCUGAGUGGCAGGGGAAGCAGCACCUCCCCGGCUUCUCUCUGAUUGUGUGACUUCGUGCUGGAAGUCUCUCUAGGCUGUUAGCAUGGGUGUUCUUUCCCUCGUGGAGCUGUAAGCAGAUGAAGCCAACUAGGGAAGCUAGUUCUUGGAAGAAGAGGUCCACUGAGGCUCCCAGACAUUAGGGGCCAGACGCCAGAUCGGCACAUGGAGGAACCUCGGAGUAGACCAGAAGGAUCUCUGGUGGUUGCACAAGGCUGUAAGUAGUGAUGGUCUUAGUGGGCAUGAUUUGAUCUGGUAUGAAGUACUGCGGCAGAGCUGCCGUCUUCUGCAAGUGAGAAGCAAUUCUUAGUUCAGACCAACACUUAAAGAAAACUUACUGGCAGAUUUUGUUGGCAGGGGUGAGACAUGUCUAGAAAAAGCUGCUGAUGGAACUGGUUAUGGGAACGGAGUUUAAUAACAUUUGUAAUUUAUUACACUCAUGGCUUUUUAUUGAUUAUAGUAUUAUCUGACUUUACUAUGAUUCCUGCAACAGAAAAGUAACUCUCGUGCAUAUAUUGAAGUGUUUUUCCUGCUAUGAAUUCUUUAGGGUAGAGAUUUAUUUACCAAAUGUGAAUUCUUUUGAGGAAAUAUGAAGUUUUGUAGAAAUUGACUGUGAAAUGUCAGAGAAAAAUAAAAGUCACUUACUUGAAAA